AUGGGUGGUUUAGAAGAUUACAAGGCUGUGAUGACCAUGGUGGUACUGCAGUUCACCUAUGCAGGUGUUACUCUCUUCACCAGAGCUGCCCUUUUGCAGGGAAUGAGUCCCAAGGUUUUUGUUGUUUACAGGCAAGCGAUAGCUACUUUGGUCAUUGCACCUGUAGCUUAUUUCUCUAACAGGGGAAAGACAAGCAUGAGUUCUAUGGGAUUGAGAAGCUUUUGUUUGAUUUUUGUUUCUUCUCUUGUUGGUGUGGCAAUGAACCAGAACAUCUAUUUUGAAGGUCUUUAUCUGGCCUCUUCAUCAAUAGGAAGUGCCAUGUCAAAUUUGGUCCCCGGAAUCACAUUUCUUAUGGCAACUAUUGUGGGAUUAGAGAAAGUACAGAUUAGAAGCCUAAGAAGCAUGGCUAAGGUAGUAGGGACAACAGUCUGUGUUGGUGGAGCUGUUUCCAUGGCAUUGCUAAGAGGCCCAAAGCUCUUGAAUACUCCAAUAUUUCCAUUCCAAGAUGAGCUAACUGAUAUGCGUUCAGGAGGUGAGAAUUGGCUGAUGGGUUGUCUCCUCCUAUUUGGAAGCAGUUGUUGCUGGUCAUUUUGGCUGAUUUUGCAGGUCCCAAUGUCUGCUAGCUAUCCUGACCACCUGUUACUGUCUGCUUGGAUGUGCUUCUUUGCAACACUACAAUCAGCAACCUUUGCUUUCUUCUUAGAACCAGACCCAAGUGCAUGGAAUAUACAUUCUAUUUCUGAGAUCUCAUCUUGCAUCUAUGCUGGAAUCGUAGGAUCUGCAAUUUCUUUUUAUGUUCAAUCAUGGUGUAUUUCACGAAGGGGGCCUCUCUUCUCGGCAAUGUUCAAUCCUCUUUGCACUGUUAUCGUGACCAUCUUCGCUUGUAUACUUCUUCAUGAGGAAAUUUUCACUGGAAGUUUGGUGGGUUCAGUUGCCGUGGUGGUUGGUUUAUAUGUUGUGCUUUGGGGUAAAGCUAAGGAAAUAGAAGAGAUCAAAGGAGAGAUGGAACCAACACACAAAGAUACAACGAAGACCGUUACAAUCUUGAUCAAUGAACCCUUGAAGGAGAGUGGUAAAAUCGAUUUGCAAGAGCCCCUUUUGGCUUAUGAUAGAUGUUCUGAUGUGAAUAAUGAAGGUCAAAGGAAACAAUAAUGGAUCAAAAUAUUGUUGUAUUAGAUCCUUGAGUGGAGAGGGUUUUGAACAAGAGAGCUUGUUCAUAUACCCAUGUGUUCUUUCUUGCCAAAAAAGGGAUUUUGUCCAUAGAAUUUCUAGUAGUGGUUUGUAAAAGCUAAACCAUGGUCAUUGGUUAUAUAUUUUGGAAAAGUCU